UUUCAGGGGGUCAUGGGGGGGCCUGGGCCAGAGUCUCUAUAUGAGGUAACUGUCUUGUUUCAAAGUCACAGAGCUCAGUUUAAAAGACUAUAAAGAUAUACAAAACUACCUCACUGAACUAGCAUGAAAAGACUCAACCAGAACACACACUAAACAACCAGAAAAUGACCUAAAAGAGACACAAAACAACCAUAACAUCUCCUUUGUAGUCAGUUUGCAUCUCUUUCAGUCUGGGGUCCUAUAUAGGAAAGCUAGGGGGGCUUUUAUUUGUCUGUGCCAAGGACCCAUUGUCUCACAAUCCAUCCAUGCCUGGACCCAGAUAAGCUGCAGGUAACUGAUGGAUGGUUUCACUGAUUAAAAAAUAAAUAAUACAUCUUCAAUUCUAUAUAUGAAUUGCAGACAUUAAAAGCUAUUUAUUUAUCUUAAUAUGCCGUCUAUAGCAGAUACACUGAGUUUAAUGAGUUUAUACCGUGGAUGUAUUGAUAUAUGUGAUACCCUCCUCUACCUGUAUCUGAAACACUGGGGCGUUUUCUGCGGACGCUCCUGACACCUGCUGGUCAAAGGUGGAAACGGCAGCCGUUGACAAUUACUCGUUCCGCUCAUAAACACGGUUUCAGUGAACAGUGACAGCCCGUUUUAAUGGCACUUUCUGGGAUUAAUUUUAAGACAGUCUCUGGUAUGGGUUAAGUUACACUUUUAGUCUGUUUCAUUUCAUUGUUUGUUUGUUGUGGCUAAACAGCGAUGCUAACCGGGGGAAGUCUGAGCCACUCCAUUCUCAGAGGAGGGGGAUAAGACUUGUAUUCGUUAUUUAUUUUUUUUUACGCUUCCUGUUCACUAAUAAAACCGCUUACAUUCCCAUAUUACAUGUAGAUUAACUCUUAUUCCGAAUGUACAUAUUUAUGGACAAACCGCCGUUAUCUUGUAAAUAUUCUGUUGGAUAUCCCCACCCCCCGUGUUUCAGUAGCGUUGGUUCCGUCUGUUGCCGCUGUGUGUUGCUCUCCUUCCUGAAAGAGACUUGUAUUGGAGCUGCUGAUGUCGCUGCGGAGAGGCUGACACAAUAAAAGUGAAAUCUCAAGAUUCCUGUAGAUCUUGUUAGUCAACUCCCACAUGGCAGUGAACCACUCAACUGAAGAUUAAACCAAGUACACUCAGCUCCAGAGCAUUGCCCUCUUAGAUGCCGCUCAGUCUUUGCAAAUGGCUUGUUGUCUGAAGGACGAGCUCCUCUGUUCCAUCUGCCUCAGCAUCUACCAGGACCCCGUCAGCUUUGGCUGCGAGCACUACUUCUGCAGGAAGUGCAUCACCGAGCACUGGAGCAGACAGGAGCCUCACGGAACGCGGGACUGUCCCGAGUGCCGGAGGACCUUCACCGACCCUCUCCUCUCCCCGAGUCUCAAGUUGUCCAACAUUGUGGAGCGCUACUCGGCCUUCCCGCUGGACGCCAUCCUUAACGCUCAGAGGAGCUCCUACCCCUGCAAGGACCACGAGAAGGUCAAGCUCUUCUGCCUCACCGACAAAAGUCUGGUGUGCUUCUUCUGCGACGAGCCGGCGCUACACGAGCAACACCAAGUCACCACUAUUGACGAGGCUUACGAGGAGAUACAGAGGGAGAUGAAGGAGCAGCUGGUCACCCUGCAGGACAGUGAGAAGGGCCACACUGAGGCCCUGCAGCUCCUGCAGAGGCAACUCACCGAGACCAAGUCCUCAGCCAAGAGUCUGCGCGCGACCAUCGGCGACGCGUUCGAGCGCCUUCACCGCUUCCUGCGAGAGCGUCAGAAGAGCAUGCUGGAGGAGCUGGAGAUGGACACGGCCCGCAAGCUCGCCGACAUCGAGCACAAGAUCCAGCGCUACAGCCAGCAGCUGCGCGACGUCAAGGAGGGCAUCCAGAUCCUGCAGGAGCGCCUCAACGAGACGGGACGACACGACUUCCUGGAGGGAGUCGCCGUCACGUCUGAGAGGAUUAAAGGGAAGAUACAUGAGACCAACCUGACGUACGAGGACUUCCCAACAUCCAAGUACAUGGGGCCGUUACAGUACACGAUAUGGAAGUCGCUCUUCCAGGAUAUUUCACCAGUGCCAGCAGCGUUGACCCUCGACCCCAUCACGGCCCACCAAAGACUGAUCCUCUCAGACGACUGCACCAUCGUGGCCUACGGGAAUCUCCAUCCGCAACCGCUGCAGGACUCCCCGCGCCGCUUCGAUGUGGAGGUGUCCGUUCUGGGCGCAGAGGGCUUCGCCUCGGGCGUCCAUUACUGGGAGGUGAUGGUGUCGGAGAAGACCCAGUGGAUGAUCGGCGUGGCCCACGAGACAGUCAGUCGCAAGGGCAGCAUCCAGAUCCAGCCCAGUCGCGGCUUCUACUGCAUCGUCAUGCACGACGGGAACCAGUACAGUGCCUGCACCGAGCCCUGGACCCGCCUCAACGUCAAGAGCAAGCUGGAGAAGGUGGGGGUGUACCUGGACUACCCGAAAGGCCUGCUCAUCUUCUACAACGCGGACGACAUGUCCUGGCUCUACACCUACCGAGAGAAAUUCCCCGCCAAGGUCUUCCCCUAUUUCAGCCCCGGCCAGAGCCACGCUAACGGCAAGAACGUGCAGCCGUUGCGAAUCAACACAGUUCGCCUUUAAGAGCUACACACAUCUAUGGUCGUGAUUGUCCUGACAGAUGAAUCCAUCACAGGUGAAUUCACAGGACUUGUGUAGGUUUCAAUAGAUAUUAAAGAAAUCAGUUUAAAAAUGUUUAAUAGGGUGUUUGAAAUGUUUAUUUCUUUCAGUUCGGUGUUAAGAAUUGUGCUUGAUGUUGCUCUUAAAACCUGCGCUGUUAAUUUUUUGUGACUUGAAACGACCAUGCGAUAGCGGCCUGCACUCGGGCCUCGCUCCGCGUCUUUCGCUGAAAAGAGGACACUAAAUGGAGACAGAGGGACCCCUGGGCUUCUCUGCGGUCUGCAGCUGGCAUCAUUUGAAAACAACAACAGCAACAAAAAAAAAAAGCAAAAUGUGACCCCUGCUCUUUAAGUGACUGUCCCAGGCCCACCUUGCACACCCCCACUCCCCUUAUCAAGCUCCAGGCUUGUCAGACUUGAUGUCCCACCCCCUCCUCCUCUUCUUCUCUGUCCAAGCAAGCGGACGCUGAAGACUGGUCACUUGUCCUCUCUGUGCUGUACAGUUGGCUUAGCUUCGUUUGUGGAAUGUGAUUGACAGCAGUCGGCUCUUUUUCUUGGCUUUUGUUCGGGCCACAUUUCCAGCCAUUCAUCCCUGAACUUGUCGAGUUCCCGUUGGCACUUUUGAACUCCUGCUCCUCCUGAAGGACGCGGCCACGCGUGUCUGCUCGGUCUUCGAGGAAAGCUCCUGUUCAGUGUGCACCAGCGCUUUCCCCCACGUCACCUAAAACAAAUGAAAUGAAUGAAAAAGUAGUUCAUAGGCUGCCCAUCCCUAUCCACUGCCCGCUCCUACCCUGGUGUGAUAGGAAGGUCUGUGUGGAGGUGGAGGCUGUCCAGAAAUAUGCUGCUAUUGAUGGAGAAAGGACUUUCAUGUUUGUAUAUAGCGUAUCAUGGGUUAAAAGGAUUAAGUCUCUCCUCAUGCUGGCUCAUGUUUAAGUUUCCACUCUUUCCCCAAAACCACCAGUUGUGCUAGCAUACACUAUACCUGUGGGUAUUUUUUCCAUUUUAAUGUCAACUUUAAGCACAUUUCUGUUUCCACUCACAAUGUUUGAUAAUUCUGUCUUGGAAUGAAAAGAAUAUGAGAUCAUGUUGUGGUAGUGGUAGUCAGAUUUCAAAAGACGAUGUAGCACAACAGCUACAGAGACAAACCGUCUCGCUUACUUCAGAUCAUAUCAUUUAUGUAAAUGAAGUCAGGCUGUGUGUUUUUAGGAAAAGGCAAUUAUCAAGGAGAAGUGGAGAUGAAUGAAUGGAUGGACUUCAUCCUGGCGUCCCCACGGUUGCUGCUGUGUUACGUAAUGAUGAAAUCGCUGAUAAUUCCUCUGAGGCUCAGUCGUGUUUAUUUCUUCGCCCCACGUGCCUCAAGUGCUCUUGUUUAUCAUUAGUUGUACACGAGUCCUGCAGAAUCUGCUCUAAGAGGCUCUUGUCCCUCAGCCAGGUCCAGCAUACUGAAGGGAUGUGUAUGUGUGUGUGUGUGUGAGUGUGUGGGCACGAGCCACGGGUGUGUUUGAGCGGCCGGCUUCGACUAUAAUUUUAAAUCCAGCUUUGGUUGUGCUUUAUGAAGCCCAUCUGGCCCUCAGAGCGUGCCCAUGCAGUGGCCAGAAGUGUUUAUUACGAAAUACUCUGGAAUCAUUUGGAGCUACACAAGAUCACCCCACCCUUCCUCUGCCACUGUACAUCUUUGCAUUUGUAUGUGUGUAGUCUGUGUUGUUCAUGUAAAGGAAAAUUUGGGGCAGUGCCCUUGUUUUUGUAGGAUCCAGUAUGUGCAGUAUGAUGCAAACUAGGGUCAAAUUGUGAGCAUCUACGAAUGACUGUUUGUUUUAACUUGCACAGAUCUGCAGGAGCCUGUGAGAUGCUCAGAAGUUAUCUGAGUAACGCCGCCGAGUAAAACACGGGCACGGCGUCAGUGAGUUUUCUGGGAAUUUCUCAGAUGUGUCCAGAUAAGUUGGUACCGUUGCUUUGUGAAAAAAGGAUUUAUUUAUUAAGUGUGGUUCAGACAAUCAGGGCAGCAUUCAGUUAUUUUAUCUUUUCGAUCUAAAAUGUCCUCGCAAAGUGAAUCCCAGCCAGCUGAGCUCACGUAGGUUAAAACAAAUGUUUGAAUUUGACCCCGGUUUGCUGUGAUGUGGACCUCAGCACGGUCCGCCUCAUUAAGACUUCCUGUUUGAAUAUUAAGAGGGAGAUUAUCGUGAGGUGGUGUUGGGUUACUGGUGAUGCUGAUGACUCUAAUGGUUAAAAUGAUUCUGGUGGUGAUGAUGAUGAUGAUGAUUACUAUGACACUUUUAAUGAUUAUAAUGAUGAUUGUGUCUUUUGAUGAUGGUCGCUGUGCACCCAUCAUUGUGUGAACACACUCUAGUGUGCUUUUGCUGCUGGAGGUUUGUGGGAAAUGUUUUAAUGUACAAUAAAUUACUGCGAAAAAUCA